GAUAUAAAAUGACUGGGUCCGCUUAUCGUACCCAACCCUAUUUUUUGUUUAAGAUGUUCUUUUAUUAAAAAAUACAAUCAAAUAUUUAUGUUCAGCAUGUAAUUCUAUACAUGAGAAUAGGCAAAGUAAUUUUGAUUUUUCCACAAGUACCAACAAUUACAUAAACACCCCACCAUCUAAUACUGUAGCAAUGUAAUGUGUGAAUAUCUCGCUAUUAGCAAUGAAUUAAAACUGUUCUGAAGAAAAUAGAUUAAUUCAUUGUUCUAUGCAAUAAAUGUUCUUCAGAAUUACUCAAUGAAUUGAUUAAAGAAACAACUGUGUGAAGUGAAAGUGCCUGAUAUGAAGAAAAUGUGGUGGUGAUUUUCUGAAAGGCAUUUUUGGAUUGUAUCCCUCAACUGUAUGAGGUCUAAGAGUGGGCAGGUGGCGAAGCUGACAUUGUCGAAAUGUCCAGCAUUCCCAGUAGAAGUCCCAUUAAUAAUGCAUUCGACAAUGUGGUUUGUGUGAGUCAAAUAACAGGAGGAUUUAUCAAUGAAGGUAUUAAAUCAGAAGAUGAAGGUUCAGUUGUUGGAAACCAGAUAGAGUCCGUGGAGUUUAGCCCAACAAUAUACAUCGUUGAUAGUGAUGUACGAGAGAGUAAUUCUUCAUCAAAAGAACCUCUAGAAGAUCCAUUUGCUGGUGUUGAACCAAUCAUCGCAGAAUCUUCUGAGGAUGCUGCUGGGAUUAAAAAUGAAGCAAGUUCUGAUGAGCUAACAGGUGCUUUUAAUGAUCCAAGAAUGGAUUGUUUAGUUCCCGAGGAAGAACCUUUUACUCCAGAAACAGGAGAGAGUAGUUCUUUCUCAAAGGAACCUUUAGAAGACCCAUUUGCUGGUGUUGAACUAAUUGUAGAAUCUUCUGACAUUGCUGCUGUGAUUAAAAAUGAAACAAGUUCUGAGCCAACGAUUGCUUUCAGUGAUCAAAGGAAACCCGAGGCAGAGUCUUUUACUGCUAAAACAGGAAGCCAAAAUCAAUCUAUCAAUCUUCCUGUCUGUAAUGAAGACCAAUCUUUGUGUGUGAAAAAAAGAAAAUCUUACAGCUUAUUGAAAUAUUUGCGCCAUCAACCAAAUAAACAACAUAAGGUUUAUCAGGACAGAAAUGCCUCCGCUAGGCCUAAAAGGCUCAGAAGAACAAGUCUUACAAUGCAUAAAAGAAAGGGAGCCAGCCGCAAGCGUAAAACAGUACAAUCCCGUCGUCAUCAUAGAAAACAUAUGUUAAGCAAACAAGAAAGUGGUAAUGAGUUGUCUCAGGAUUCCUUACCUCUGUCCCAUCGUGUUGAGAAGACAAUGAUUUCUAAUGAGUAUAAAAGUAAUGUUUCCACCUUAAAUACUCUCAAGAAAAAUUCAUGUAAGACGAGACCUAUAAAGAAAUGCCAGCUGGUGAAUUUUCAGUCCACUAAAGACACAAGCGCAAAAGACACUGGCUGUUUCGAGUGCGAGAUCUGUGGAAAGACUUACAACAGGGAGCACAACUUGCGACGACACGUCCGGUACGAGUGCGGCCAGAAGGAAGGCUUGUUUGCUUGUGGGUUCUGCCACCGCAAGGUGCGACGUCGUGACAACUUGACCAAACAUGUUCGGAUCUGCCGGAACCGGCCACGUUACUCAAUGUUACCAUCUCUAGUAUCUAUACGUUAAUGUUGAAUUAAAGCUGUGAUGUCUCUAAAGUCUUUUUAUCACCCACGGCUAUACUUUCAUUCCAACAUUUCAUUCAGAUUAUACAAAUGUUAGUCAAUUAAUUAUUUUCAAUAAAUUAUUUGUUACAUUUCAGGAAUUUGGCAUUUAAAAAUACUAGGUUAUCUACAGUUUUUUGAUAAAGGUUUUUUUUAGAAGACUGUUUUAUAAUCUGAUUUAAUAAGUUUGAACUGUAAACAUUCAUAGCGUAUGAUUUUUUUUUAACUAAUAUUUUUAUGGUGUUAUGCUAUUUGUUUCUUGGUGUGGGAUUGAUGAAAAACUGUUUCACAGAAUUAAAAUUAUGUAAUAAAGAUGUAAAUUCACAAUGUUUUCAUUUAUAUGGGGAUUUUAAAGUAGAAAUUGUGAUAAUUAUACUAAUUCUAAAAAUAUUCUUGAAUAAUACAUAUAACAGUAGUGUAAUAUUUCAAAUCCAUGGAAGUGUUGUUGCUAUGAGUAAUGUAAUAUGUUCAAAAACUUUUAAUCACUUAUGUGAGUAAUUUUUUAAUUUUUAUUUUGCAUAACAUAAAGAACAAUUAUUGUAUUCAGUUUUUCUGACUGGUUUCCCUUUUCAUUCUAUACAUUGUAUAUAUACAUAUAUUGUAAAAUAUUAAUAUUACGCUUUCCUUUGCACUGCCUACAUACAAGUGGAUUGAGGUAAGUCACUUUGUAAAUACUGGUAAGAUGUAUAUAUUUGAAUGGUAUGGUGUUAGUGCCACAAGGUAGAUACUUCAGGUAGUGCUGUACAACAUAGUUGAGUUUUCACAUCUAAGUACGUGUAUAUUUGUUAAAAAGUAACUUGAUCUUUGUUUUCUGCAAAGUGAGCCAAAAUUAUCAUUUUAAAGAGUAAACAAUUAUAAAAACAAUGUUAAAAAAAUUCAAUUCAUAAUAAAAAUAAAUAACUUUACUAGUUAUUCUUGAACUUUCUUUAUAAAAUCUUUGUAAUUCACAAUAUAGUAUUUCAUCUGCAUGAUUAUUUCUAUAAAACUGCCCCAGUGGACACAACUUAAUUUUUUUGUUUAAAAUAAUUGUGUUCUAAAGAUGUUUGUGCCAUAAUACGAAAAGUGUGCCGUAGUAAAAGACCAUCUUGGCAUUUCCUUCUGUUGCAUUGAUUUGGUUUUGCUUUUUCAUUUGAGUUUUUAUAUUUUUUGUGUUUUUCCUUGUGAUGUUUUGUAAUUGUUCAUUGCCUUUGAUGUUUUAGCUCGGAUGAUGCACCAGGCGCAGAAACUGCAGUUGCUGGAACUAUUGCAUCGGCGACCACUGUGGACGUCUCCGCCUACAUCUUUCGUUGCCCACGGUGGUGGCGGCGGUGGUAUCGGUGGUGGAGGAGCGAGUAGUACCGGUGUGAAAGAGGACAAACCGUUCACUUGUCCCUCCUGUGGGAAGGGGUACAAGUGGGAACAGACACUGAGCCGACACCUGCGAUUCGAAUGUGGGAAGGAAGCCAUGUUCAGGUGCCCUUUCUGCCCUCAACGCUGCAAACAGAAGGGCAACCUUUUGGCUCAUAUUAGGAACCGCCACUCACCUAAGCCACCCGCGAUGCCCACUGCAGUGUCUUCUGUAGAUAUCUGAGGAAAUAAUUUGUACGUCCCACAGAAGUAUUUUAAGAUGGAAGUGAUAUUAGCGGUAAUCUCCCAUUAUUGGAGUAUAAUGGUGUACGUAUACGCUGAGAAUAAUUAUUUAUAAUAACAUAAAACUUUGUAUUAACAAAUAUAUUUCUGCCAAAAAUAUAUACCUCUUAAAAAUUAAAGUAUGUAAAAUUAAAUGUAAUUAAAGGUAUGACAUUAAUAAUGUUUUAUUUUAAAACAAAAAAGUUAUAAAUAAAGCAUCUAAGUUUUCCAUAAUUCACCCAAUAUGUUAAGAGGACAUUAUUGUUGUGCCUUAUCAAUUAUUUAUCUGAAAGAGGAUUCUAUUUUACUAUGCAAAAUCUAUGAGACAAAAACUGAGUUAAUUAAUUCGUAGUAAAAUGAUCUCCUAAAUACCAAACACCAUGUGCGGUGUUAGAGUAAAGAUUUAUUCUAUACUAGACACUGAUCAAGCUACACUAUUGCAAAGCUUAUAGGUUAAUAGUCUUCCAUUUAGAAUAGUAAAAUGUUCCUGUCUAAUACUUUUUUUUGGUGAGGUGCAAUCUUUUUUUUAGUGUUUAGUUUUAUUUUUAAGAGGUUGAGUGUUGUUUAAUUUGUUUACAGAAACCAAGAUCUUAUAUAAUUGUGUAAAGAUUUAAUAUAUAUGUACACCUUAUGUGAUACGAACUGUGAACAUUUAUAAUGCAUAACAGUUUUCACCUUUUUAUAUUUUUUCUCAUAAAGUAAUUAAUCUUCCAUCCGAGGCCAUUUUGUGGUUAGUCGGGCGGAUAGUAAGUGGCAUAAAAAAGCAUUUUUAUUGAGGAUUAAAUGUUAAUAAUUAUGAUGGACAGUAACAAUUCUAACAAAUCAGUAGGAUAUUAAAGAGACUGAAUUCUCCUCCCCCCCCCCCCAAAAAAAAAAAACAAACUCCAAUCACUAAAAAGACAACACGCGACAGACAUUUACUCUUUCUCCAUUCAAACUCUCAAAAUACAGAUUUUAUUGCAAUGAGUAAACAUUAGUUCAUUUAUUUAUAAAGAAAGCAUUGCAAAUAUAUUUUGUAUCAUUUAAGUAUACUAAACUACCAAGAACUCAUACUCACAUUAAGUAAACACUGGCAUUGCAAAUGUUUUUAGUGUGCACGUACAUGUCUAACAUCAAUGAAAUUCACAUUUGUAUUAAGUAAAUGUUAGAUCAUUGUUUACUGAAGCAUGCAAAUCUUUUCAGUAACCAGUGCUACACCAAUACAAAUACAUACUUGCAAUGAAAAAAAUGGAUUAUUGGUUUUUAAAGCAUUGCCAAUAAUAUUUUCAAUUGCACCAAAACAUGUACAUAUUUGAACUAGGUCAAUUGGCUCAAUGUUUUCUAUAGCACCUAAGUUUGCAAUACACCAUGAACUUAAUAGCACAAACAUUUGUUUCUCUCUUAAAUUAUUUGUAUUAUAAGUGUAUAUAAUCCAAUUUUGAUUACAUUUUAAAAGUAAAGUUAGUGAAUUAUGUAUACAAUUUGUUUUGUAGGUUAAGUUAAUUUGUUUGCUAUUAAUUUAUUUGUAGAUAUUUAUUUUGGCUUUGAAGCUUUUACUCUGGUUGCUUGUAUAUAUUUUUUCAAUGUUUGUUUUUGUUUGUUUUUAAAUGAUUACGUGUAAUACUUCUCCCUUACUAAGCCAAAGUUAAUGUUGGCAAUUUGCUGCAUUAGUUUUAAAUCAGGUAUAUUGUAAUUGUUCAUAUGGUAAUUAUUAAGUCCUAAUAAAGACAAAGGAUUAUUUAUAUUUUAAAUUGAAUUAUUAUUAAAUACUCAAAAAAUGUUCCUUGAUAAAUAUUCAUAGGUUUUUUGUACUGUUUGUAUUUUAUUUAAUUGCAUGAUUGUAUUUUUAGCGUAGUUUCAUAUUUAUUUUAAAAUAAUCAUUUUAUUAAUUAAGUGUUCUUUUAUAAAUGAAAAAACUGUUGAAACAAAUAAGUUAGUUAAAAAAUGUGUUACAAUAACAUUUAAGGUUGAGCUUUUGAUUGGUUUUCAUUAAUUGACAAUAUUUUUGUGUUACCUACUAUUUUUGGAGCUGUUAUUUUGUACAUUUGCCACCAUACCUCACUCUUUGGUUAUGGUAACUUUUGAGCUUUUUUAAAGAAUACAGUACAUACUAGUGCAGCCCACAUCAAAAUAGUCCAGCGACAUAUAACCACCAGCUGUUCCCUGAUGUUGAGGCGAGCAUCAUACUACAUGUAAAACUGGCAAUGGUGUUGUGGGCUGAGUGUGGAGGGAGGAGGGUUCAAAUACAACAGCCAGCAUGGGACUAUUUUGGUGGGGACUGCUGUAGUAUUAAUAUUUCUUUAUUUAUAGUUUGUAAGGUUAAACUGUUACUUCUACCUCAGCUUUAUCAAUCCUGAAAAGUUAAAUAUGUACACAAUUUCUGUUGAUACAAUAAUAUUAAAUAAAUAUUUAAAACUGUAUUUCCAUUGAUUAUUAAAAUAACAAUAAGUAUAAUACAGAGCUGAUAUUAAUCACACAUUUAAAAAGGGUUCCAUUACAAAUUUAAAUUAUAAAGAGGUUUACAAUCUAUUGAUUAUGAAAUUAACCUCGACAAGUAUUAUUAGUUUAACAAUAUCCUCUCUUUCCAGAAAGGAAUAGAAGGGAAAGUUUAUUUGACAUAGUUUGUUUUGAAAUCCUUAAAUAUAAGUUAUAUUGUUGAAAUAUAAAACUAGGCCUUAUUGAUAGGUUUGAUUCAUGAAAAGAAAAUAUAAAUAAAUUAGUAUAAACAGAAAGGUUGAAUAUUUUACAAAUUGUCCUUUCUUGGGGACAAUUUUUAGUAUUUUUAUCAUUGUUGAACUGUACAGACUAGUAACCUGGUACUUCCUCUUACAAAUUUAACUUAAAUUAUGAUGUAUUGUGUUUUGUUACAAUACUUUAUGUAGUGUAUCUUUUUGAGCUUUUAUUAGAGAAUUCUUUGUAUCAAUCGAUAUGUUAAAUGAAAAUUUAUAUAAUAAGUACUGAAGUAAUCUUCCAUAUGCCACAAUCCUAACCCCUGUCGUCUAUUUCCAUGUUUUAGAUUACAGUUACAAUGAUACCCUAUCAGUUCAAUUUAUUACACAAAUUUAAGACUUCAAUUAAAAAUAGGAAUUUUAUUUGAAUGCGUUCUAUUUCAUAUCUUGUAUAUUUUCAGUUUUACUUCACUACUAGGUCAAAAGUACAUUAAAAUGGACUGGCAGUAAGGGGACCAAACUGUUUUUAAAGCAUUAAAGUGAGCUAUCAGUACUUGUUGUAUAUCGAUGAUUGUUAAAUGAUUUGAUUGGUGUACUGUUGAUGUUUGACUGAUCGUUAUAUGACCAAGUCAUACUGAAUACACUCUGUCAUACUGUGUACUAUUAGUUAGUGGUGUGUGAGCGAUCACUUACUGUAUGGUGAAAUGUUUUGUAUUUUAUUUUAGAAUCGAAGGUGAAAUGUUGAUCCUAUAUUUAAGUCGCUUAUUCUACGGUUGUUGUUAUAGUUGCUAGUAAUUAGUUGAUGAGAUUCCUAUGGACAACAGACAGUAUUGUAUCCAACCAUGACCCUCAAACUUGUUCCUGUUCCUUUAGAGUUAGUGAGUUCUCUGUGACAGAGGAGCCUUUUAUACCAAAUAUUUGCCUUUUACGGACAAAUACAGAUUUAUUUAUUUCAUUAA